CUCUCUGUUCAUUGAUUCAUUUGAGAUACUAGCACCCUUAUCUUGACCUUACCCCCAUAUACUUCUAUACCCACUCUCCAUGGCGGCCUCAACAGGUACCGGGUGGGCUCAGCUCCGGCAGCAAGCCCGCUCUCUCGAAACCCAGACUGAAAGCCUAUUCCACUCCUACUCGCAAUAUGCGUCGAUGACAACCCUCCCCCGAGACCCAACUGAGGAAGAACUCCGACUGGAAUCACAACUAAAAGGAUUGCUCGAAAAGCGUCAAGCCCUCGUCUCUCAACUCUCCCGUCUCCUCGACUCCGAAGCCACCUUGACCUCCUCCGCCCUGAAACAGAACAACCUCGCCCGCCACCGUGAAAUCCUCCAAGACCACCGCCGGGAACUCCAACGGCUCACCGCCGCCAUUGCAGAAUCGCGCGACCGCGCAAAUCUACUCACCAAUGUCCGCUCCGACAUCGAUGCCUAUCGGGCGUCGAAUCCCGCCGCCGCCGAAGCCGACUACAUGCUCGAGGAGCGGGGUCGGAUCGACCAAAGCCACAACGUGAUAGACGGCGUUUUGAGCCAAGCAUACGCCAUCAACGAGAACUUCGGGCUUCAGCGCGAGACGUUGGCCAGUAUUAAUCGGCGCAUUGUUGGAGCCGCUAGCCAGGUGCCCGGGAUGAAUGCGUUGAUCGGGAAGAUUGGGUCGAAGCGGAGGCGAGAUGCGCUUAUCUUGGGGGCCUUUAUCGGAUUUUGCUUUUUGAUGCUGCUUUGGUUCCGAUAAGUGCAUGCUAGGUCCGCUUUAGCUUGGUGUCAGAUCUCUACUUUAGCGGUGUGAUUUUCUGGUUUCUUUGUCAUCUAUUAUACUGCUGUCUAUAGUGUGAGGGCGUUAUGGGAUUGGGCACUUCUCGCUGCUGCUAUACAGGAAAUGUUAAUUUGUGGGUCCUGAGGUUU